CUAAACGCGUCGUUUUUAAAAAUCACACCAACGUCAUUUCCUGAGAUGCAGGUCGCAGUUUCCACAGUUUCCGUCUCGUUUCCUCGGCCGGUCUAUGGUAACGUCGUUUCGCCGCUUGUCGCCGUUUUCAGGACUCUGACAUCAUGCGAGGUCCAAAGGAGGACAGCCAGGGCGACAUCCCCCUGUAUGAGCAGCUGGAGGACGAGGCUUUCCCUCCCCUCCCUCCGCCUCCCUCCCCAGGUCAACAGGAGGGGCGUGGCCUGUCAGCAGACGGCGAGGAGGGGGAGGUGUCCGGGCUGGCCGACGUCCCCGCCGCCAAGAGGAAGAGUGCAAAGAGACCACAGCCCAAGCUGGACUCCAACAGGCUGAUUUCAGAGAGAGGACUCCCAGCUCUGCGCUCGCUGUUCCAGGACGUCCACUUCAGAGGAAAAGGACACGAGGCCGAAGACCUGCGGCUGCUGAUGCAGAAGCUGGAGAACUGGGCUCACCGGCUCUACCCCAGGUUCCAGUUUGAGGACUUCAUGGACAAGGUGGAACGGCUGGGAGGCAAGAAGGAGGUGCAGACUUGUCUGAAGAGGAUCCGGCUGGACAUGCCGCUGACGCACGAGGACUUCACGGAGAAAGACGGUGAAGAGGACUUCCCUCAUGAAACCCACCACUCUGGAGACCCUGACCCCUUCAGCAACCAGGAGGAGGAGCUUCACCACUCCACCCCGGCCCCCGCCGCCCCCUCCCUGACAGAGGAGCAGCGCAGACGCAUGGAGCUGAACCGACAGCGAGCCUUGGAGAGGAGGCUGGCACGGCGGCAGCAGCUUAGUGAUGCUUCAGACUCUCAGACUGCCCUCCUGAAUGAUCCCACUGACCGAGCUGAGGAGGAUCUGGAUCAGGAUCUGGAUCUGGAUCAGGAUCUGCAGGCCUCCAGCUCUUUCACUCAGCGGUCGGCUGCAGACUCCGAGCCCCCCCCUCAUGAACCUCCAAGUGUCCUGAAGACGUGUGACCCGGAUCAGGAUGAGGAGAUCAACCUGAGACCUUCCCCUCCAGCAGCAGAGGACGGCUGUCCUGUAGGUCAAAGGUCAUAGACUCUUAGGGUUCUGUAUAUGCAGCAGUGAUGUCAUGGUUUCUGUUGUUGUUGUUUCAGUUCAGAAUGGGUCAAAUAAAGGUUCAGAACCAACA